GUCUGAUCACAACUCAACAUUCUAACAUAACUGACGUCUAUGGCUCCAUCAUCGCCUCUCACCGCUCGAAAAUUACUUAUUAUCUCUCCAACCGAUAAGCUUUUUCACACGUCCUUUAUUUUAUUUUUUUCAUUUUUCUAAUCAUUUGAAUUCAUGAUUCGCUUGAAGAAUUGAAGUUUGGGUUCGACUCCGUUAUCGAUCAUUUAGCAGUUACAGAUAUUUUAUAUCUUAAUCUCUGACAAGUGGUUAUUAUUUUGUCUCAAGGGAAAUUCAUAUGAGUGUGCCUCCGGUGAUCCGGCCGCCGAGUCCCCCCCCGGGGGCGAACGGCAUCUCGUUCCAGAUCCAGAUAGGACUGAGUCGCGAGCCUGUCCUGCUGGACUCAUGCGACUUCAGCCUCGCGCAAGUCCGGGAGAUGGCAUGCUCCAUAGUCGACCAGAAGUUUCCCGAAUGUGGUUUCUACGGGAUGUAUGACAAGAUCAUGUUGUUCCGCCACGAUCCGUCCUCGGACAACGUCCUCCAGCUGGUCCGUUGCUCCUCAGACAUCCUGGAAGGAGACCUUGUGGAGGUCGUACUGUCAGCCUCGGCCACAGUGGAGGACUUCCAGAUCCGCCCCCAUGCUCUGUUUGUCCACUCGUACCGUGCCCCGGCCUUCUGUGACCACUGCGGCGAGAUGCUCUGGGGGCUGGUUCGACAGGGACUCAAGUGUGAAGGCUGUGGUCUGAACUAUCACAAGCGCUGUGCCUUUAAAAUUCCCAACAACUGCAGCGGUGUCCGUAAACGGCGUCUGUCCAAUGUGUCGCUGACCGGCAUGACAGGGCUGACCAUCACUCGCUCCAACGAUCCCUCCCCCAGCCCCUCAGACGAGGCCUUACUGUCUCCUGUCAGUCCCAGCAUAGAGCAGAAGACCCAGUCAGACAUCUUUCCGGGAAGAGAGCGGAGGCUCUCCUCCUACAUCGGCCGUCCCAUUGAGCUGGAUAAGAUCUUUCUGUCCAAGGUCAAGGUGCCCCACACCUUCCUGAUCCACUCCUACACACGUCCCACUGUCUGCCAGCACUGCAAGAAGCUGCUCAAGGGCCUCUUCAGACAGGGCCUGCAGUGCAAAGACUGCAGAUUCAACUGCCAUAAGCGAUGUGCUCCAAAAGUGCCAAACAACUGCCUUGGAGAGGUGUCUAAGAAUGGAGACCUGCUGAGUCCAGGGGUGGAGUCGGACGUGGUGAUGGAGGAGGGCUGUUGCAGUGACGGGGACGGUGAGCGAGGCGGAGGUCUGAUGGAGGAUCUGGAGGACAACAUGGCGUCUGACGCUGCGUUACUCGAGGCGGGGCAAGGUGACCUGGCUGACCUCGGGGACCAGGACCUGGACGACUCCAACAGGGCCAUCAGCCCGUCCACCAGCAACAACAUCCCCCUGAUGCGCGUGGUCCAGUCGGUGAAACACGCCAAGAGGAAAAGCAGCAACUCCAUGAAGGAAGGAUGGCUUGUCCACUUCACCAGCAAGGACACCCUGAGGAAGAGGCACUACUGGAGGCUGGACAGCAAAUGCAUCACCCUGUUCCAAAACGACACAGGAAGCAAAUAUUACAAGGAAAUCCCCCUGUCUGAGGUGCUGUCUCUGGACCCAGCCCGGACGGUGAACCUGCUCCCGGAGGGCGCCAACCCCCACUGCUUUGAGAUCGUCACUGCCUCUCUGGUCUACUAUGUAGGAGAGAACCUCCAGAGGUCUGGCGAGUGCGGUGGGGGUGGGAUGGGUCGCCAUGGCAGCAUGCUGGUCAGUGGGGUGGGGCAGGAUGUGGCCAGGAUGUGGGAAAUGGCCAUCCAGCACGCCCUCAUGCCCGUCAUCUCCAAGGGCAUGUCCCAUGGAUCGCGUCACGCCGGACACAAGGAUGUGUCUGUCAGUAUAUCUGUGUCCAACUGUCAGAUCCAGGAGAAUGUGGAUAUCAGCUCUGUGUAUCAGAUAUUCCCUGAUGAGGUUCUUGGUUCUGGACAGUUCGGGAUAGUUUAUGGAGGGAAGCAUAGGAUAACAGGCCGAGACGUUGCGAUCAAAAUCAUCGACAAGUUACGUUUCCCAACCAAGCAGGAGAGCCAGCUCCGAAACGAGGUGGCCAUUCUUCAGAACCUCCACCACCCUGGCGUUGUCAACCUGGAGUGCAUGUUUGAGACUCCGGAACGGGUGUUUGUUGUCAUGGAGAAGCUCCAUGGCGACAUGCUGGAGAUGAUACUGUCGAGUGAGAAGGGAAGGCUGCCUGAACGCAUCACCAAGUUCCUUGUCACACAGAUUCUUGUAGCUCUCCGUCACCUUCAUUUCAAGAACAUAGUGCACUGUGACCUGAAACCAGAGAAUGUCCUGCUGGCUUCUGCCGACUCCUAUCCUCAAGUGAAGCUGUGUGACUUUGGCUUUGCCCGCAUCAUCGGGGAGAAGUCGUUCAGGCGGUCUGUGGUGGGCACGCCGGCGUACCUGGCGCCAGAGGUACUCAGGAACAAAGGCUAUAACCGUUCUCUGGACAUGUGGUCGGUGGGCGUCAUCGUCUACGUCAGCCUCAGCGGAACCUUCCCCUUCAACGAAGACGAGGACAUCCAUGACCAGAUCCACAACGCUGCCUUCAUGUACCCCCCCAACCCCUGGAAGAAGGCGUCCCAGGAAGCAAUUGACCUCAUUAAUAACUUGCUGCAAGUCAAGAUGAGGAAGCGCUACAGCGUUGACAAGACUCUCAGCCACCCCUGGCUGCAGGACUACCAAAUGUGGCUGGACCUGCGUGCUCUGGAGGGCAAGAUGUCGGAGCGCUACCUGACCCACGAGAGUGACGACCCUCGCUGGCAGCACCACGCCGAGCAGAACGGCCUCAUGUACCCCGUCCAUCUGGUCAACCCGCAUGCUGACGUCAGCGAGGGGGCGGAGCCUGAGGAAGGGGAGGAGGAGGAGAUUGUCACCCUCAGUGACCGAGUCAGCGAAAUGUAACAGACUUACGAGAGAUCAAAGAGCAUUCCGGCAGUCUCUGCACAUAGUAUUUCACCCCAAGUGUGGAAUGUAAACACAGUCGCUACCUGCAUUCUAAUUCCUCUACCAUCUCUCCUACUGAGCAGGUUCUGGGUGGAAUAUACAUAGUCACUGUCUGUUCUUUGUCUUAGUCCACUACCUGUUAUUCCCUGGCAGAGCCAGUUUUAACCCUUUUUGCUGCCUUCGGGUCACAUGAGCCAAAGGUUCAUAACGAACCAUCGUUGUGUUUACCCAAUUUUACCCAAUAC